CAAACAGAUAAAAUUCAUUAGGAAUCGAUAUUUUUAACAAAUAAAAAUGUGCGAUAAAGCAGUAGCAGAUGAACUGCUUCACAGUAAGAAUGAACUUGAUAUUUCGAGAGAAUAUGACAGUCUGUCCGGUAUAAGAUGGGAUCCUGUUGGUGCUAACAACGGAGAUGACGAUUCUAUAUUAGAAUAUAGAGAAACAGAUAGUAUAGAAGGUUAUUGCAUUGAAAUGAAUAAACUUAAAAUAUUAGAAGAGGAACAAGAAAUGCUCAACUCAUCUCUCAUUGCAUUAACAACUCAUUUUGCGCAGGUGCAGUUUCGACUAAAACAAAUAUGUGAUGCACCAACAAAUACAAAAGAAGACUUAUUAAAAGAGUUAGAAGAGUUUGCAUUUAAAGGAAUUCCUGCUAUUCAAAAUAAUCAUAUUUUUAAUAUACAAUCAUCAUCACCAAGUCCUUAUCAUAGAUAUUCUGGUAAAUUAGAUGAUAAAAUAACAGAUUUAAAAAUAGAAAUGCAAAAAAAUAAACAAAAAGAAUUAAUCUGUCAACUCAAAUUACAAUUAGAAAAUUUAGAAAAAUAUGCUUAUGAAUCUGGUGAUGCAGAUUUACCUCAAAGUAUUGUUUUAGAACGACAAAACUUAAUAAUAAAUCACCUUAAAGAAAAAUUAAACUUUAAUAUUGAAGAUCUUUGUAAACUCUCUACAGAUGAUUUAAAAUGGCAAGUUGACUUUGCUAUUAAUCAGAUUGUUAACCCACUAAAAAUGAAAGAACAACUUAUAAUUCAACUAAAAACGCAAAUUGCAGAUUUAGAACGGUUUAUAAAUUAUUUACAAGGUGAAGUUUGUGUUGAAAAACUAACUUGUACCUGUGCCUGUCCAGUUCAUACAAGUGGAUUAGCUAAAAGUUGUAAUUCAAAAAAGACAUUUAAAAAACCUAUGAUCAAUGAAAAUAGCACAACUAAUUUAAGCACAGUCAAAAAACUUGUAACACUAUUGCAUAUGUACAUAAUGUCUCAGAUGGGCUGUGGUAGUAAAAAAUCAUAUGGUAGAAAAAAAGAUUCAUUAUGUGAUUGGCAACAUCUGAGAACUCGAUUAGAUAUUGCAGUUGAAUAUGUUUUUGAGACUCUUGCAGAUAGUGAAUAUUGUAUGAAUAGAGAUAGCAUCAGUGAAGAAGUAGCAUAUAAUUCAGAUUCGGAUUCUUUUACAAAUCAAUAUGAUGCCAAGAUAACGUUAGCAGUCAGAAAACACCUGGCAAUUUGCAUUCGAGAUUUAAUACAGCAUGGCACAACAACAGAUGCUACUGUAAAUAGCGUUGUUCCUUUUGUUGGAUGUUUUACACCAAGAACACAUAAUCCUAAUAAUCUUAUGCAUGCCUGGGAAAUUAUUCUUAAAUAUUAUGAAAUAAAAAAUGGGUGUCGCUAUAAUUCUACUCCAGCCCAAAAAUUAUCACAGAGUUUUAAUCUAGACUUAAUUGGUGAUCAAAUGACAUCUUCUAAACAGAAUCUCCUAGUUACAAUUGGCAACAUCAUUACAAUGCACUCACCUUACAAGAGAAGCUUUGAUUCUAAUUUUAAAGCUUUUAUAUGUGCUGCUUUAAAGUAAAAAUUUUUAAUUUACAACAUUUAUGUAUCAUAUUGAAUAAAAUAUAAAUUUUAGUAUUUAAAACAAUUUUAUAGCGCAAACAAAUUGGUUAUAUGGCUUAAACUCAUUCUACAGAGCCAAUAUUUAUUAGAAAAUUAUUACAUGCCCUGGAGUUAUGUUAUUAAAACCGGCUUUCAAGAUGCCUUUCAUACAUUAGAUAAAUUAACUAAACAUAAAUUUGAUUUGCCAAUAGAUUUAGCAGUACAACAGUUUCAAAAUAUUAAGGAAGCAUUUUAAUUAAAAAAUAAUUUUAUUUAUC